UUGGUACGCGCCCUCGGUGACUACUGCUCCUGCUGCUGCUUCAGUUCCUCCAGUCUAUAGCGGCGAGGAGGAGUGUUUGUUUUUAGUGUGUGUCUAUAAAAAUAACGUUACUGUUCAGGGGCCGAGAAGCUUUCCAAGUGGAAGGGUGAAGGAGGCUAAAAGGGCCGUUUUAUUUGGAGCUUUCUAGCUAAAAGAACAGUUAAAUAGCCACAGUUCGUUAGCUAGCAUUACCUUCAGAUUAUAUCCAGCACUUUGAGCUUCUGCCAGGAGUGGAGAAAAUAGGAAUGAGCUCGCUUGUUUGACCACUUCUCGUUUAUUGUUGAGUAGUGGUAUAUCCAGGGUUAUACGCGGCGGGUUGUGUGUGCUUACUAUGUGUAACGUUACAGUAGCUGAGUGCUUUAAACCGAGGGUGGCUAGCUCGUUAGCUUAGCUGUCUAAGGGGUUUCUGUUUGAGAUGGUAGCUAAGCUAGUUGGCUUACUAGCUACGUAACUGUUAGCAAAACAAGUAGCUAGCCUAGCUGGCCGGCUUGGUAUUUAACUAGCUGGCGAACAGCUGACCAUAACAACCGAUUUCCAGCUUUGUCAGUCCUGGUUGAGAGAUUCUCUUCAUUUGGACGAGUAAAACAUGACAGCCAUGCGUGUUGAUGCCAAGGUGGUCAUGCUUGGGAAGGAGAGUGUGGGUAAAACCAGCCUGGUGGAGAGAUAUGUACACCAUCGCUUUCUUGUCGGACCAUACCAAAACACCAUUGGAGCUGCAUUUGUUGCAAAGCCCAUCAACGUUGGGGACAAAGUCAUUACACUGGGUAUAUGGGACACAGCUGGGUCUGAACGAUAUGAAGCCAUGAGUAGAAUUUACUACAGAGGUGCCAGAGCUGCCAUCGUCUGUUAUGACCUGACCGACAGCAGCAGCUUCCUGAGAGCCAGGUUCUGGGUGAAGGAGCUGCAGACUUUUGAAGAGCACUGCAAGAUCUAUUUGUGUGGAACAAAGAAUGACCUCAUUAAGGCUGACAGAAGUGCCAGACAAGUAGACUACCAUGACGUAACAGACUUUGCAGAUGAAAUUGGAGCACAGCAUUUUGAAACUUCAAGCAAAACAGGCAACAAUGUUGAUGAACUCUUCAUGAAAGUAGCAGAGGACUUUAGUAACUCAGCGUUUGAGCUCAUGCCAGAGGAGAAAGGAGUGGACCUCGGCCAAAAGAAGGACUCUUAUUUCUACUCUUGUUGCCACAACUGACUUAUCACACGGCUCGUUUUUUUUUUCUUGUCACCUGGAAAUACUGGAUGCUCCCUUCUUUCUUAUUUAAAAAAAAACAAAGACAAAGAGUUUCCCCCUCCUCUUUCUCUCUCUCUCUUUCUCGAUUGCACAAUGGAGCGUAGAGCUGGCCGUGCUGCAUUACAAAACUAAAGAAAUAUCAGAUUUUCAGGAGAUUCGUAGAUGAGCGAAGACUGGGUGAACCAGAAGCUGCCUCUGAUGCACUUCCCUCUGCUGUAGAGGGGAAGGAAAGGAGAACUGGAAGCCUGAAUCACAUGGAACUGACCAUCGCCACUGUUCUCUGUGGCCUUUUUUUCCUCAUAGUAUUUUUGCCUUGAGAUAUUUGUUUAGUUUUUUUUUUAUAUAUAAUUUAAAGGUUCCGUUUGAUAUUUUGUUGACUGCAGCCACUGAAGUUUACAGAUGGUAAAAGCUGCUUGCCGUGCCAUCACUGUUCACUGUUUGGCUCCUUUGGUCAUAUGCAUCUUCAGAAAGCUAAAGUUGUAGAUGAUGAUGAUGAUGAUAGAAAGCUCCCUUUUUUUUUUUUUUUUUUUAAAUACAUCAUCUGAGACCAGAGGGCUUUUACCACAAAGCAGGAUUUGUUCAAUUUAGGCAGAUUAGUAAAGUCUGUCCAGUAGAAACAGAGCUGAGGGGCAUCCCUAUUGGACAGUUCUCAACUUUGGGCUUAAAAUAUCUGGCUUAAGCUUUAGGGUUAAGAUUGGUAUUUCUGCGUCCAGUCAAUGCAAAGUCUGUUUCCAGUAAAAUCGGCAAAGGCGGGAAUGCGAUAUUUAGCAGGCCAAUCACAGUUACUGCAGUCUGCGUUGCCCUGGUGGGUAAUUACGUUUCUGGAGAUGUCAGCAUCACGAUUUGUGUCCACUAGCGAUUUCGUUUUGACAUUCUAUUCACGUCAAAAAAGAGAGCUGCCGCAUGGCGUGUGCAUGAGAGGUUGUGUUGCAGUGAGAGCAGCCUCGCUGUACAAAGAAAAAGAACAGAGAACACAGUCCAGGGCCGCAAUGCUGCAUCUAGCCAAUCAGGAAAGAGUAGGCUAGAACAUCACGCACACAGAACAUGUCUUUUUCAAUUUCUAGAACUAUAGAAUAGCGUUGAUUUAAAAAUGUAACUCUUAAAUUUAUGACUGCCUAUUUCAAGACUGUUCUGUUGCUUAAUUUGGUGUAAAUUAGACCCAGAAGCAUAAAUUGAUCUUUAGCAAUAAACCAGCUUUCUGGUACAGCCCUUGUUGUAUUAUUUCUGAUAAAUCUACUAAGGAUGAGGCCUUCUGCUGAAGGUUGAUGGAACUGGUUCCAAGUAAGCAUGUGAACUAUUUUUUUUUGCCUUUUCUUUCUUUCUUUUUUUAAAACAGUGUAUUUAUUUCCUUUUGCUGAAAUGAUUCCGCCACUACAGUACAAGCUAGACAUGUUUCUACUGAGAAUGUAGUCAGUGAGGGCUCUGACACAGGAAGGUAGGACAUACAACAAAAACUUACAACAGUUAGGGUCUCCUAAACCCGAACACGUCUAAUGAUGACUGAUGACAAUAUGUUGUUUAUAUUGGAUUUACAGUUCUGAUAAUUGUUCUCAGUUGUACAGUGUAACUUUCUAGCUUCUGGAUUUACAUGAGCUUGAGGUUAGGUUGGAUGACACUUUGAAACCUAGUGUUUUUUUUUUCUUAUUGAAAUGAAGCCGUAAAUGAGGUGGAACCUACAUUUCAACCAAGACUUGACCUGAUCUUCUGCAGUAGGAAUUGGAAGUUUUCUUUGCCUAAAUCAGAGCUAAUCUGAAUCUAAUGCUUGUUGAAUGUGAUGUUAAUGUUUACAGACAGACAAGAAACAAAGACAGGAUCCACACAGAAACAAAAUCAGCCUUUUAAUUUAAUUUUACUUUAGUUUUCUAAACAGGGAUUCUGUCUUUGUCAGUGUAAAAAUGAAUCUGUUAAUCUCUGUACAUACAGCCUUAAUUUGCUUUCAAUUGCUCUAUUGUGCCUGUACAAAAUACACACUUCUGGGGGGUUUCACACCACGUUAAAACGUACAGAAUCACUGUUUGUUGCUAGCUUUAUCCGGCUGUAUCUGUUACGCCACAUGUCCAACAGGCAAAAACUUGUCAAGACUGUUGUGCCAAUAAUGUAUUUGCAGUGUGUAUCAUGUUCUCAUGUCUUCUGGAAUAACCCCAAUGCACUUGACACUAAACUGGAAGUCUGUACAUAUCUCAA